AUCUUCGUGAGCGUGAGCGUGAGAGGUGUGAGGUUUUAUUCUCUUGCCGGGCGUCUGUCGGUGAGUUAUCACUAUGAGAGCGGUGUGGCUGAAGCGGCCGGUCCUCAUGCUGGUGGGCGUAGGGCUCGUCUUCUACGUGGGAACGUUUGUAAAGAAUGGAUAUAAGUAUACAGCGGGGACUGACAAAGUGGAGGACUCAUCGCGAAUGAUCAGGAGUUUUUCUGACCUGGAGGCAAGCAUCAGCAAUCUCCACAAUGUACUCCGAGCAUUUGAACAGAAGCAGGAUGUCAUGCAGAAAAUGCUUGAAGAAGACAGACAGAGAAAAGGUGCAGAGGUCCAACAGCAGCCACCUGCCCAGAAACAGCCAGAGCAGAAAGAACAGCCUGAAGCAAAGAUCCAGGAACAGAAGGAGCCACCCAAACCGAAAAAGUCUGGUAAACUGUACCCUGACUCUGCCCUGUUCAAGGGGUGGGGUGAGAAUCUGUCUGAGGAUGACCAGAGAGAGGCGCAGGGUCUGUUCGAGAAGUAUGGAUACAACGUCUUUCUCAGUGAUCGCCUUCCUCUAGAUCGAGCUCUUCCAGAUACCAGGGAUCCAAGAUGUGUGAAAAAGACUUAUCCAAAAGACCUGCCAAGUGUCGGAGUGGUGCUAAUCUACUUGAAUGAAGCCCUGUCCAUCAUCAAAAGAGCCCUGCGCAGCAUCAUCGACCGUACCCCCAAAAACCUACUGAAGGAAAUAAUAAUGGUGGAUGACAAUAGCUCUAAUGAAAACCUGAAGGGGGACCUUGACGCGUAUGUGAAGUCUCUAGAGCAAGAGAACCCAACUCUCCGUAUUACUAGAGUGAGGCACACUGAGCAGCGAGGUCUUGCCUACGCCAGGGCCUCUGGGUGGAGAGCUGCUACCGCUGAUGUGGUGGCCAUCCUGGAUGCACACAUAGAGGUCCAUGACAUGUGGGCUGAACCCCUGCUGACACAGAUCAAAGCCGACCGAACAGUGGUGGUGUCCCCCGUGUUUGACAGAGUCAACUUCGAUGACCUCAAGGUUAUUCAGUACCUUCCAGCAGCACACGCCUUCGACUGGGCUUUGUGGUGCAUGUAUGAGAGUUUUACGCCCGAGUAUUACACCCUCAAAGACAGCUCUCUGCCUGGGAAGAGUCCAUCAGUCAUGGGAAUCCUAGUUGCUGAAAGGAAAUUUCUAGGGGAAAUUGGACUCCUCGAUGAAGGAAUGAAAGUGUACGGUGGAGAAAAUGUUGAGCUGGGAAUUCGUGUGUGGACAUGUGGAGGCAGUGUUGAAGUAGUUCCAUGCUCCAAGAUCGCCCACAUUGAGAGGUACCACAAGCCCUACCUGCCGGAUCUGUCCCCGGCCAUGAAGAGAAACGCUCUGAGGGUAGCAGAAGUCUGGAUGGAUGAAUACAAACACAACAUCAAUCUGGCUUGGAACUUGCCAUUUGAGAACCACGGAAUUGACAUUGGGGAUAUAACUGAAAGGAAAAAACUCAGAGAGAGGUUGAACUGUAAACCUUUCAAAUGGUACCUGGAAAAUGUGUAUCCCAAGUUGGAUCCCUGGGACAACCUACUUGCCUAUGGAGGGAUGAAGAAUCUUGAUGCUAACAUGUGCUUAGACCAAGGCCCAGUGCCAGGUCACACACCCAUUGCCUUCGCCUGCUACUACUAUGGACCUCAAUUCACAUACUACCGCGCAAAUGGUGAGCUCUACAUCGGUGGCAUCAAGUCCCACAAGUACAAUGACAACCGGUGUUUGACUGAUGUUGGCAAAAAAGAAACUGAGCCUGGCCUUUACAACUGCAAAGAAGCUAUGCAGAAAGGAAUGGGGAUAUACUGGGACUUCACUCAGGGCAAAGAACUGAAAAACAGACAAACACAAAGAUGUCUGGAGAUUAAAGAUGGCAGACUUCUAAUACAAGAAUGCUCUGGCCAGAGAUGGGAAAUCCAAAACAUAAUCAAAGCCUUUUAACUUGUCUGUGUGGCCAACAAUAAGUGCGCUUCUCUGCUCAUAGGUCAGUGGAUAAUAAUAUCUGAAAAUCUAAAAGACAGUCAAUGAAAUGUGGCUACCAUUAUGACUCUUGUAAUCAUUUAAAUGUUCUCUUAUUUGGGAUUGAAAAAGUAAUUGAUUUUGUUAAUCUUAAGUGAAAUUUACUGACUUUUCCCUAAAAACAGAAUUUUGUAAGUUAUUGCUAAACAUCAUGUGCCGGCAUUGAGGCUAUAAAUAAUAAUUUUCUCUAUUCGUCAAUAUGAUAACUAUUUUUUUGAAGUUAUUAAAAAAGUUCAAAAUGAUGUUACUUCCUUUUUAUUCUAGGUGACUGUGAAAAAUACCAAAGGUUUCAAUUUACAAUAGCAAAACUGAGAUCAGUGAGCAAAUCCCAUAUUGUUUGGGUCUUCCUUCGUGUUUUUGGAUCCAAAAUUAUGACUAAUGAUUAAAUGUGUCUGUGUGUUUUACCAGCUCUGCUGAUCAGAUUAGUAGUGUAAAAAAACAAGGUUCAUUGUUAUAUGAUUGUCUAAUGACACGGAAAUAACAAAGUCCAGGGGACUGCUACUCUUACUCGUACUCGUACUCGUCGUCUCCCGCUUUACUCUUACAUAACUAAAAUAAUCCAGGACAGUAAUACUUUGUAUCAACCAGUUAUCUCAUUCAUUUUCAUCUUGCAAAUUUGAUUGCUCUGACUCUUGGAUACAAACUCACUCCUUUUUUGAAGUUGAUGCUGUGAUGAGCAGUCAUAACUCUUGCUCAUAAUAUUCAUACUUUGCACACAGCACCUUACCUCAUCCUGUUUAUAAAGGGACAUACCCACUAUCAUUAAUUAAUCCUUUUUCAGUCAUUUAAUCUUUCAGCUCAAGGACACCAAAUAUCUAACUAUCCAAGAAUAAAUGUUAGUACAAUUUUUAGACAUUCUUCACAUCAAAGCCUGUGAUGCAGCAUUCAGUGUAAGCUGACCGACAAAUGAAAUGUAAUUCACAGGUUUUAGUUCUGUAACAAUUAAUGCAACAAAUGCUAACUCAUCAUUUUUACAGAUUACUUUAGGUGCUGUUGGGUGAAUAUCAGGUUUCAAAAUAUAAAUCUUAGUUUUAGUAAUCUAUUUUUACAGUACUGUGCAUUACGGACUGUUAAGGAAGAAGCUUUCAUGCAGAGAAAGGCGGUUUUGUUCUAAAAAUCGCAGCAAGAGAUCUAAUAACUGAUGGGUUUAUCUUGUACAGAGGACUAAUGUUUUGAAAAAAAAAAA